CGGGUUUUAUCCCAGUGUGCUUAUAUUGGUGAAGUAACAAAUGCACUACAAAAAGUACAAACAUCUUGCACAGUGGUGACUGGUGGAGCCAUUGAAGUACUUCGUAGUAUUUUCUUCUCCCUACUGCUAAAUCAGUGCUUCUCCUUUUAGUUUUUACAUUGCUGCUGGAGUGCUGGUCAUCCUUUAAUUACUCCCAUUAAAAACCCUAGCAACAAAUUUGUGCAAUUCUUCCAUUCGAGGCUCCGUUCGGUUGAUCAUUCUUGCUGAAUACCGAGAAGUUGGUUUUAAGACAUGGCUAAAGGUAGUAGUGGAGUAUGUAUGAUGAAUAUUAAGUGGAGAGAGGAGCAACAUCCAUCCUUCAUCAACUUUAUCUCAGCAUUCCUUAAUGCAAACUCUUUCCGACUUAAUGUUGUUCCUAUUGCACCUGAUUUUAUUUUCAACUGCGGAGGUGUGUCAGUAGCAUUUGUCUUUUUGACUUCCUGGGAUUGCACUCAUGCCUCACAGAUGUAUACCAGGGUGCAUAAGUUAAAGGAGCAAUUUGCAAACCUCUAUGUUGUUGUUACCCUCCCAACCAGGGAACAGAAUGAUUCUUAUGUUCGCUCUUACGUUAAGAGUGGAAUUGAUAUUGGAAGGCCUACAUUUCUGCCAGUUCUUGAUUUGGAGAUGGGAUUUGAGAAAAUUGUGAAGAUUGCUCACGCUCGUGGUGUGUGUAAGCAACAAGAUAUUGUAGCAAGGAUGAAGGCUGAGAGGAAGCAAGCAGUACAGGGGAUGGACGCUUUUCUCAGGGUGAUGACAUCCAUACCUGGCAUAGACAACCAUGAUGCAAAUUCGCUCAAUCAAGCUAUUGGGUCGAUCGAAGCAAUAGCCAAAGCCUCAAAGGAACAGAUUCUGGAAAACACCGAUCUUUCAGCUGACAAGGCCGAGACAAUUUGGAGAUUUUUCCGGGAUCCAAAAUACUAUCUUAGUCCAAAAUUGAAUUGAGCGAAGAUAUCAAAGUAGAGGCAUGAAUUGUCAUCAGCUUGCUCUAGGUAAGUCCACUAAAUAAAUGACCAGUCAUAUAACAUACAAAUUCGUUAGAAUUCAAGUAACUAAAACUUCAAGUAAUGAAACUUUCAAUGGAUAUCUCUUGAUCCCAGUCAACAGAGAUGUCAUGUAACUACUACUGUCUGGUUGUUAUGUGCUUGUUUAAUCAGUCUGAAACAAUGAACUUCUAGAAAAGCUGUGUGAUUAGCACUAUGUUUGGCUCUGUCAAUGCCCGGCUGCCCGCUCUUGUUCUUUCUUCUUAUUUUAAUCACAUUGUGACUAGCUCAUAUCCAGGCUGAAGAAUGAAUGUAUAGAGUUGGGAAAAAACUAAUUUUCUAGCAGUAGUCUUGUGCCCUGUGGGCAUUAUCUAAACAACCAGAUUACACAAUGAAAUUGACACUGUAAGAGAAAACUGUGAGUUGUGACUGCAAAUUGACAAAAAUUUUAUGUUAAUAAAUGUGGGUUUGACUUUGUUAAUCUCUUCCUCUUAAUUUUUACUUACCUUAGCAAGAAAGGGUUGAAAUAGACAAUGGACUGAAGAAGCUACUACCUAACUUGGGUGGACUGAGUUUAGCUGAAAUACCUACCUAAUUUGGCUUUUUAUUGAUCUAUGAAUGAUUGAAAAAUGACUUGUUAAGUUUCAAUGUAAUGGAGGUGAUUUGGAGUUAUUUUGGUAUUUGUUUGGUUAAUAGUACUAAUUGGUGGUAAUGAGAAUGAUUUGUUUGUGUAAAUUUUCAUAUAUAUAUAUAUAUGAUGUCAUUACCAAGUUUGAUUAUAAAAAAAAAUUUUUGUUUACAAUUUUCCAUUACCACCUAAUACCACAUGUUUAAAUGGUAAUGCAUUGAAAUGCAUUUUGUGAAGAAAUAAGAUUGUUGAAGGAGAAUAAGUAUGGUCAUUAAAUUUGUCAAGAGAUAUUCUUAACAAAAUUACACUAACAUUGUAUUAUUAUUUCCAAUAUUUAGUAUCGAUUACCAAAAUUACACUAACAUUGUAAUACAUUGUAUUAGGGACAUAGAUGUAUAAUGUAACGUAGGCAACAUAUUGAAGUUUAUUAUACUAUACUAGUGUAGAAACUAGUGCAAUG